AGGUUUUUACUUAUGUAGUUAUUUGCUGGGUAUCUGUUUCAGGUAUAACUUGGGUGCUGGUGUAUCGAACAGACAAGUACAAGAGGUUAAAGGCUGAAGUGGAAAAACAGAGCAAGAAAUUGGAAAAGAAGAAGGAAACGAUAACUGAAUCAGCAGGCCGACAGCAGAAAAAGAAAAUAGAGAGACAAGAAGAGAAACUGAAGAAUAACAACAGGGACCUUUCAAUGGUUCGGAUGAAAUCCAUGUUUGCCAUUGGCUUCUGCUUCACUGCCUUGAUGGGAAUGUUUAACUCCAUAUUUGAUGGCCGAGUGGUGGCAAAGCUUCCGUUUAUCCCCCUCUCGUACAUCCAAGGUCUCUCCCACCGCAACCUUCUGGGUGAGGAUUACACUGACUGCUCCUUCAUCUUCCUCUACAUUCUCUGCACGAUGUCCAUCAGACAGAACAUCCAGAAGAUGCUCGGUCUUGCUCCUUCCCGGGCUGCCACCAAGCAAGCAGGGGGCUUCCUUGGCCCCCCACCUCAGGCAGGAAAGUUCUCCUAAAGCACAGUUAGAGCCUUCACUGGAAGGUCUGAGCAGUGCACAAGACUGCCUUUGAGAGGUAACAAGAUGGGAUUCUGCACCGGGCUUCACACGUCCAAACCCAGCCUAUGCAGUAUUGGCCACGGUCUUGGAAACAUCUUCCAUUUGGAGUAUUCUACCAGCAGUUGUUUGCUCAUCGAACCAAGGAAGUUCUCAGAAGAUAAUGUGACCUUUUUCUGCUGUUUCUGAGAAAUAAAUGGCAUGUU